CUCUGUGACUUCCGGCCGAGCGGAAGCGCGUCCUCUUUCCCGUGGCGGACCCGAGGCGAGCUGUGCCGGCGCCAUGAAGGUAGGUGUUGUGGGGCGCGGAGGGGGCGCAAACCGCCUCCACCCCCGGGAAAUAGAGGCCUCGGCAGGUCGAGGGGCCCCGGCGGGAGGCGGCGGGGCAGGCGGCCGGCAAGGGAGCGCGGCCCCGUCGGCGGAUGGAGGCUGAUGCGGGGAAGCGGCGCGGCGGCCCUGGCCUCCCUUCCCCGCUUCGGAGAGGAGCUCUCGCGCGGUGUGUCAUCUCGCGGGAAUUACUGUUAACCCUUCAGACCCCCCCACCCUGUGCGUCUUGAGCGCUUAGCAGUGGUGGUCAAGCUUGGCCCUCAAGUGGUUUUGGGACUACAAGUCCCAUCAUCCCUAACCAAAGAUCCUGUUAGCUAGGGAUGGUGGGAGUUUGGCCGCCACUGGUAAAGGAGGCAGCGUUUAUCGUCCUCGUGGAGCAGUGGUUCUCAUCCUGUGGGUCCCCAGAUGUUGGACUACAACUCCCAUCAUCCCUGAGCUCUGGCCUUGCUGGCUAAGGGUGAUGGGAGUUGUAGUCCAAAAACAGCUGAAGGGCUAAGGUUGGCCAUGCCUGAUCUAGAGCAGUGGUGGCCAAGCUUGGCCCUCCAGCAGUUUUGGGACUACAAUUCCUAUCAUCCCUAGCUAACAGGACCAGUGGUCAGGGAUGAUGGGAAUUGUAGUCCCAAAACUGCUGGAGGUCCAAGUUUGGCCGUCACUGGUAAAGGAGGAAGCGUUUCUAGUCCUUGUGGAGGACGACGGGGCUCAAUGCCACCCUGGGGAACCCCUUGAGCCCCUUUGCAAACCCGAGUGUGGCUUCUUCUCUCCUCCCUGCAGCUGAACAUCUCCUUCCCAGCCACCGGCUGCCAGAAACUCAUCGAAGUUGACGAUGAGCGCAAGCUGCGCACCUUCUACGAGAAGCGCAUGACCACGGAAGUCUCCGCGGAUGCUCUUGGCGAGGAGUGGAAGGUGAGGCUGGCUUCACAAGGCUUGUUGCAUGUGUGCAAAAUGGGGCUGAGAAAGCAGCGGCGGUGAGAAAAUUUAGGGUCUGUGGGUUGCCAUUUUGGUUCUUGCCAAAUGCCAGGUUCUGUGUGCUGCUGUGCUCGGAGUCUGCCUGCAGGUUCCCCUGGCCGCUGUGGGAAUAGAGUGCUGCUGAGCCAGGUGGUCGUCUGGCCUGAUCCAGGAAGGCUGCUCUUAGGUUCUUAUUGGGCUUCAAGGCAGGGUAGACAAAAGCUCUUGGCAUUUCUAAUUCAGGCGGUGGCUAAGGCCAGUCAGUAAAGAAAGGGGCAUUUAAAAGGGUCAGGGGGCUGGAAUAACUCCCCCACCGGGAAAAGUCACAAUGGUUGGAGCAUUUCCAUUUGAGUGGGUGGUUGGUAAGGUUGCCACCUUUGUUCUGGCAAAAUACAGGACAGGGUGGGAGUUGGGAGGGUGAUUUUUUUUAAAAAAAUCAGGUGCUGAAGUGACUUCCGAUCAAUCCAUUGCAAUCUAUUGCAGCCUAACAGGAUGGGCCCCCUAGAAUCUGUUGCCCAAAGACAUACACAUGAAUUUGUAAAAGUGUGCUGGGCUACCCAGAGCUGAAAUACAUACCCUUUCAAACACAUGCAGUUGGAGAGGAUCCCUAAUUUGGCAGAGAGAGGGGACCUGAAAUACAGGACAAAACUCUCAAUACAGGAUGUAGCCUGCGUUAUACAGGACAGGUGACAACCUUAUUGUCUGGUGUCUUGUCCAGAGGCCCUCAUGGAUUCAUAUUAAAUGAGAACUCUGGGAGUUACAAAGUUACACUUUGGGCCCAUCUAAUUAUUCCUGAGAGGCUGUUUCAGUAGUUGGGGAUAAAUUGUUCCUAGGCUACCUUCAGAUCUCAGGGAUUGAACCUGGGAGCCUUUGAAUGAAUGCAAAGCUACUACUACCACUGAAGGCAUGGGCCUUACCCAAAAGGAUUUGGGUGCAUGGUUGUGACUGCAUCUGUGUUUACCCAUCAGUCUGAGAAAGCGUGAGCUCAGAGUUUAGUGGUGGCAUUGCUACUCCUGUCCACAGAUCUCUGCAUGCAGUAGCAAACUCCUUGCGCGCAGCUGCAUGCAAAAACCUGCAUUCUCACCUGUGUGUUGGUGGUGAGUUGGAAGGGAGUCUGGAAAAUACUUAAGUUAGCAAAGCGAUGGUGGGUUGGAGUUCAGAACACUACCAGGGAAAGUGGCUUAGGGAGAGGUGUGGUGAUGUGAUACAGCAUGAAAAUUGUCAGCAAAUGCACUUAAUGAGUCUGACUUUGAGAGUAAACUCACUUCUGCUCAAGUGUGCUAACUUAAUUGACUUCUGCGGAGCAGGGAAUCCAACAGCAAUUUUCCUUUAUGCAUAGCAAUCUUAGUAUUGAAGCAUCUGUGGGGAGCAUGUGUACACCCAUUUGCCCCAAAAAUUGGGAGGUUAUGUUAGUGGGAUUCAAUUUUAGUGGAAAUCAAACAGAUCAAAACAGCGUCUAUUUUGUUAACACCCUUGUGUUUGUAGGCUUCAUGUCCAUGUAUUAGAAAUGGAAUUAAGAAAUGUAUUAGAAAUGUAUUAAUGUAUUAGAAAUGAUUAAAUGCCUGGGCAGGACACGAUGCACUGGGAGAUUGUCACAUGUUGGCCCUUAUAGGGAAGACAUUCCAUGUGAAAACAGUAGACUGCGCAUCAUAAAUAAAGUGAAUUUGCUUUAAAUCGCUAGACUUGGCAUUUCCUCUAUAUUCAAGACAGAUUCCACAAUAUUGCUAAGGAAGCAUGAUCAAUAGGCAUAAUAUGGUAGCAUUGUAGACGUUCUGGAGCAUGGUUACAAUAUUGGUCAAGCCAGGCAAUCUCAGCAGGUCUAGUUGUUGAUGCUCAAAAUGAAGAAAGGCAAUGUUCUUUCUGCCAGUGCAAUUGAGUUUAUAUUUAGCGGCAUCUGUUACCUGUAUACGGAGAGAAGAAUGAGAAAUUGAACUAACGCUCUUAAAUUGUUCCCCCUUGAGAGAAAGGUCUAAGCUCUUUGUCUUUGUUUCGUCUUUGUUUCAGGGAUACGUUGUCCGCAUCAGUGGUGGCAAUGACAAGCAAGGCUUCCCCAUGAAGCAGGGGGUCCUGACUCACGGACGUGUCCGCCUGCUUCUCAGCAAGGGCCACUCAUGUUACCGCCCUAGAAGGACUGGAGAAAGGAAGCGCAAAUCUGUUCGGGGUUGCAUUGUUGAUGCCAAUUUAAGCGUUUUGAAUUUGGUCAUUGUAAAGAAAGGUAAGGGUUCCCCCCCCACACACACAUAGUAAUGACCAGCAAAUAGGGCUGUACAUUGCAGGCUCAAAAACUCCUGCCCUACCAGCAGGAAUUUACACAGGGGUUACAUUCUGAGGCACUGUAUGCAUCGGUGAAAUCACAUAUAAUUGAAACCCGUCGAAAAAGCCUGCAAAAACCCCGUCCCACCCUUUUAGUGAAGUCUUUAUGAUGUUUCUGAGUCACUUCCAGAUUCAGCAUGUAUACACGGUCACACACAUAAACGGGGCUGCCUGUACUGUGCCCUGCCCUUUAAGGGGCUAUCCUGGGUUUAUCUAGGAAUCUGGAUCUGUUUUUACUGUUGUUGUUUUAUGUAGGACAAGUGUUGCAUUUUACAGGUCCUUGCCUGAGGAGCAUACAAUCUAAAUUUUUUAACAUAGGGCUCGGCUAUACAGCUACAAAUAAAAUGUUUUAAGUGACACUUGAUGGUGAUGGCGAGCCUUUUGGAAAAUGCAAUGUAUUUAAAAAAAACUUUUUAAAAAAACAUUUUCGAACGGCUUUCAGAAGUGUGUAGAUUCUACCAUAGUGAAGAUAGCAAAGGGAAAAGUGGCAGAUAAUUUUGCUCUGGACUGUGAACUGCUAAGGGUCAGGCGUAUUACAUUUCCAACAGAUUUAUAGCUUUGAUGGCAAAGUGUGUCCAAAAAGCUCACUUUUGCACUUAUCCUGGAGCAAGGUCUACAGCUCCUAGGUUGUGACCAGCAACAUUUAUCCCCAGCUCCGUCUAGGUUUCAAAUGUGCCUUCAUUGCCUGAUUCAUCUGUGCCUAACUUUAAGGUUGCCACCAAUAAUACUUUUUUCUGAAAUUGCUCUUGGUAGCUGUUUAGCAGCUGUAAUCGGUGUAGCAGCCUUUCUGAACAAGCACCAGGAAUAAAAAUUCAGGCUUGAUUACCCUCUGAGCAGAAUUCAAGGUGUCCUAUGUGUUUCAGAACUAUCUUUGAAUCUCUGAUUACACUACUAGAUGUUGGGGUUUUAGGAAAUACUCAGCUUUUAGCGAAUUAAGAUGGUUGUUCUCAGAUCCUGGGUCUGAAUGGAAAUUUUUGAUGUUGCUGCUACCAGUGAAUUAAGGGAGGGAAACUAGGCAGUAGGAAAUUCUAUACAUAGUAUUGCCUGUUCUAGAGAGCAGAAGUUAAUGAGGACUGGGUGGCUCAAGUUUUCGCAUGCAUUAUCUUGAGAUACUUGAAUUUGAAAGGGAUAGGAGGCCAGAGUUUCAGGUGUGCGGGGCAGGGAGCUCGGCUUCUGAGUCUAGCUCUUGCUAAGAAUAAUCUUUCUGGUCUGGCAACUACAGGUGAGAAAGAUAUUCCUGGACUGACUGACACCACUGUGCCUCGCCGACUUGGUCCCAAGAGGGCUAGCAGGAUCCGAAAGCUGUUCAACCUCUCCAAAGAAGAUGACGUCCGUCAGUAUGUUGUGAGAAAGCCAUUGAACAAGGAAGGUAAGAGGAAAGAAGAUAACAUUUUGGUUACCGUACUUUUCUGUCUAUAAGACGCCCCCAUGUAUAAGACUUAGUUUUAUACAUGAGGGGCUUAGUUUUCAGAAAAUGAGGGGAGAUGGCCCAAAGUUGUUGAGCUUCUCCCCCCAUGCAGCUGCGGGUAGGAAACACUCCCUAGAUUGUUUCCCACACACAGCGGCAUCGGGGGAAUUUGCGCUCCAGCCAACCGGCUGGCAGUUGGGCGCGCCGCUUCCCCCCCAUGCCACUAUCUGUGUAUUGGAUGACCCCAGUUUUUUGACACAAUUUUUGAGUCAAAAAACCUCGUCUAAUACAUGGAAACAUACGGUAUUUUUGAUGCAACGGGUCUACCAGGUAAAACUAGUGAUUGGCUGUGUAUUCAGGUGCUAUAGUGUCAUUCCUGUCGGACUUGGAAUUAUCACAGAAAUGUAACCAGGCAGGGUGGGGGGAAUUGGAACUAGGUGGGCAUUUACCAAUCUGCUUAGCUUUCAGACUGCUGUCCAGUCAACAGGCCAUUUCAGCCACAGUGUUUUGAUACUGGUAUAUGGCGACUCCACCAGCUGCCCAUUUAGAGCAUAUUAGAACAAGUUCUACAUGUGGCUCAACAUACAUGUGUAAAUCUACUCAUUAGGGGGAUGCUGGCCCGGCCCAGGAGAUGUCCUUUCUCCCUCCUUGGUAGCGUGGAGGAACUCUACGUGCAUACAUUAAUUUGCAUGCAGAUUGCUUGCACAUGCCUGUCAAAUGUGUCUGUGAAGGGGGCAGUCUUGCCCAUAUGUUCCAUCCAUCCCACAUUGUUUUCAGAUGUGUUGGGACAUCUGAACCCCGCCACCCCUUUGAGCUUCUAGGGUGGGUGGGAUUAGUAAAACGGGUUGUGCGUUGCCCAGUACAUUCCCUGUGGCAUAAGUUAUAGGUAUUUUAUCACAGUGCAGAUGGAAAUGUGUGUUCUUGAGGGCAGGUGCAAACUGAUUACAGCUUUUCCUUGCACAUUACCAGUUACCAGGGCAGAAUAAAUGCAGAAUGUCUUCUUCAAGUCUGUAGCCUUAUACGUGCUGGGCAAGUUUUGUUCCAAUGGUAGAGAAAUGAGCUGAACCGCAAUCGUAGAUUCUUUGCUCUGGACUUGACAACAGCUGCCCUGUUGAUUGUGCUCGUGUCUGUUCUUAGGCAAGAAGCCCAGGACCAAAGCACCCAAGAUUCAGCGCUUGGUGACUCCCAGGGUCCUGCAACACAAGCGCAGGCGUAUUGCUCUGAAGAAGCAGCGUACCCAAAAGAACAAGGACGAAGCUGCAGAAUAUGCCAAGCUUCUGGCUAAAAGAAUGAAGGUAUACUUAGUUCUGUGCAGCUUCUGGCUUAUCUGGAUUCUGAGUCCACCCCAUCCUCAAGGCACAUUCGGCAUUUAUUUUUGAUUACACCCAUUAAGCACAAUAUGUUAAUUACUGGCUGAUUUAAACCAGGGGUGAGAAACUUCUUUCAGCCCAUGCAUGGAUUCCUUUCUGGGCACCCUUGCAGCAGCCACAUCUCAGUGGUGGGCAGGGUCAGAGGCCAAGGUGGAAGGAUGAUAAUGCCUCCCCCCUUCUUACCUGGAUGGGAGGAUAGAGGGUUUGUGUCUGCUUGUAAGAAACUAGCUUUCUUGUAUGUGAGACGGAUGCCAGCCUACAGAAAGCUAUCUUCUUACAAAUGCACCCACCCUCUAACCCUUCAUCCAGGUAAGCAAGGGGGCAUUAUCAGAGUUAAGGCGAACACAUUCACAAAGGGUGAAAAGCAGGGCCAGUAUUGGCCAGGGAAGGGAGUCUCUUCUUUGGACAGUCCAGGGGCCAAAUGGGAGAGGUGGAGAAUCACAGAGCCUGAGGUUCCCCACCCCUACAUUUUGAACAGUCCACUACCUAGCAGAAUGAUAUUGGCAUAGUUGGUAACUGACCUCUGUCUUGGAAGAUGCACAGGUGAGAACUGUGGUAACAGAUGGAGGCGUAUGAAGCAUCAUUUAUAGAACAGAAUAGCCUUCAGGCCUUUGGACACCAUGGUUAGUAAUGUGUGAGGGGCUCCUGUAGGGGAUGAAGGCAGUUGCUUUUUGUGACUUCCCCCUUUCCCAUUGGCAACCCUAUGAAGGAAGGACCCUCCUCCACAUGUUGAGGCUCCCUGAUGUUGGAAAACAGUUGCCCUCCAACUUGUGGAGGAUGAUGGGAUGUGGGGCUAGCAUUUCUGUUCCCAUGCCCCAUGUGAGAAUGUCUGAAAAGGACUUUACAGAAUGCAGCUGUGUCUUUUUGUCGCAGAAACACUGUUUUGUACUGAUAUGUGGUACCUUCUCCCCUCUUUUUUUUUUUUUUAAGGAGGCAAAGGAAAAACGGCAAGAGCAAAUAGCCAAGAGGCGUAGACUUUCUUCUCUGAGAGCUUCCACAUCUAAAUCCGAAUCAAGCCAGAAGUAAAUGAGGAACUGUGUUCCUGAAAACAUUAAAUAAAACUUUUAUGGUGAGAUGGAACUGUUCACGUUAUUUUUAAAAAAGAGACAAAUGCCCAUUUAAAGUUUAAUGUUAGUAUUCUGUUACCACAUUAAUCGAUGGGUGUGCAAAACAAAUGGCUGUUUGAGGCAUCUCUCCAUAUUGGAGACAGGUGUGGCACUUGUUUUGUUCAUCUUUCUAUAUUAUUGUCUGCCUUUCUUGUGGCAGAAACUUGAAACUAGAAGCCACUGACCCCUCUCCUGCUUUGGAGCCUUUGAAAAACAUUGCUUAAGAACAAAAGAAGUGCAAGAGACUAAUAUCAGACAUUUGUACACUUUUAUUUUUGAUAUAACAUUUAACAAGUGGUUUCUAAAUCACCCAGGGUACCUAUGCAAAAGAGUCAAUAAGAAACAAACUUAUUAACAAAAAUAUUAAGAUACCAGGUAGCUCAAAGCACAGUGAAUUGAUAACAUUCAAAUUCCGAAACCAGUACAUGAUUGUAUUAGUAAUUGAAACCUUCCCACCUUUACCAUGAAAUUAUAAAAUUUGACCUCAAAGCAACUCAUGUCACUUUUAAUGUUAAAGACAAAACAAUCCCUUUUUAUACUUGUACUCCGCAGGAUUCUAGGUGUUUUAAGGUCUGUUUCCCAACCCCCUAACAUGCAGCACAGUCAAUGUGGCAGAAUAGGAACAGAACUGUAGCAAACUCCUCUCCUAGUUUAAUGUAGGGAAUGCUCUAAAACACUAUAAAAGUUGGGUGCAGCCGGUGACCCCUUGAUGCAGGGUUCUUAUUCCUGGCCCCUCUGUGCAUCGGCAGAGCACGUAUAAAGACCCCCUGCUCCCCUUCUUCUCUUUUCCGGACCCCAUGUGUCUGCAAUUACAAGGCAACUGGACACACCUAUGCUGGUCACCGCCGGAAUAUAGAAUGGAGCUUAAAAGGGUUUUCAAAUGUAGCUAAGUAAUUUUUAGUUUCUACCCUGCCACAGGUUGUGGAAAAGCAUAGUAUCUUUUUACAUCUCACAGCUUUUGCGCUGGAAUAAAAAGGAGCUUUAAACUACCCAAAAGUUAAAAUUGCAGGCUGGCUUGCUUUGAUUUAAUUCCCCAAACCAGGUGUAAGCUUUUAGUGUUUUAGAAACAUCCCGUAUUAGUUUAACAGAGAGAGGACCUAAUUUUAUACUGCAUACGUAGCAUUUUACUUGGUUUGGUCAGCACAAAUAACUAACCCUAUGAAUAAUAUGCCUGAAGUCCUAACUGUUCAUCUAUUUCCAUACCUAAAUACAUCUUUUUUUAAAAAAAUGGAUGGGGAAAAUGGAUAUAAAAACAACUAAACUUUGUGGUUAUUCUGCUAGUUUUCAUUAUUCUAUAAAAGAGACUUUAACUGAACAGGGGUUUCAUGACGCUUGCACUAUAAUUAAUUUGCUACCAUUAACUCCCAGUAAUGAUGUAUAGUGGAUAAGCUGCUGAGACAUUUACUUCCAAGACAUUUGCCCCCUUAAAAUUUAACUUCAUGUUAAAGUUAUGCAUGGUUAAGAUGUAUGUUUCAUAGAGCCAAACUGUACACGUGGCACUAGCUUUCCUUAGGCAAACUUAUUUGGGGUGUAAAUUUCAUUGAACUCUAUGGGACUUCUCAGUGAACUUGCAUAGGAUCAGCCAGUAAGUGAUAUAAAUUCUUCAAAAGCCUUGCGCUUCUGAAGGUCCUUUCUACUACCUUAUUACUCAAGCUGCCAUACAUAGUUCUCUUUCCCUAAGCAACCAUCUUUACCUCUUUGUCAGCUGCUUUGAUGGUUUUCUAAAGUGCACUCGCGAUUAACAUGUUAUCAGAAACCAAAUUAAUAGCUUGCAUUAAAAAAACUCGCUUAGACCAAAUUAGCCCCCAAUGAAAUAAAAUUUAUAGAGAACUAUACCACACAGUCCCAGAAUUUACGGACAGUUGAAAGGAAAACGAUGGCACUUUUUAAAAAGCAGAUGACAGCUUUGAUAUGGGUCCAAAAUACGGCAUUUAAAUGCACUAAAUUGAAGCUAGCAUUUGUGUUACUUCACUGGUUAGCUAGAGUAACAUUAGCAGCUCGACCACAUGGGAAGAGUCUAGGCUGCCUUCACUCCAACAUCUGCUUUCAGGAAAUUAGGUUUCUCAAAUUUGCUGGAGUAAUAAUGCAAGAACUUACCGUAUUUUUUGCUCUAUAACACGCACCCGACCAUAACACGCACAUAGUUUUUAGAGGAGGAAAACAAGAAAAAAAAUAUUCUAAAUGAAACAGUGGAUGUAUGAUUUUUGUGGUUCAUGCUGUGGCCACAGACAUGUGAUCUGAUGGUGAAUUUGGGGUGACCCAGUGCAAAAAUCCUGAGGAUCCAUGUGGAUCCGUGCUUUGUAACCAGGCUCUCUGUCCCUCUCUUCUCCCCACUCAGCAACUCUUCUCCCGCUUUGCUGUUUCAAAGCGAGCCACGGAGGAGGGAAGGAAGGGGAACCAUGGAUCCUCUGCUCACGACUGCAGCAGAUGCCCCCGCCAUCCGUAGGCAUUCGCUCCAUAACACGCACAGACAUUUCCCCUUACUUUCUAGGAGGAAAAAAGUGAGUGUUAUGGAGCAAAAAAUACGGUAAGUCUUUGGUGCUUAUCCUCUGUUCUGCAUUAAAACAGAAGUGCAAUGCCAACAGUUCAAACACAGCAAAAGGUUUUUAAAAUGUGACUUGCUUUACCCUAAAUGCUAUUUGUUACAGCAAAAGAAUUACCACUAGCUAAAAUGCCAAUUUUUUUCUGCAUAGUAUCAAUAGCCCAAAUUGUUCCUGCUGAUUUGCAGUAAGAUGUAAUUCAGAAACGGCAAAACUGAAAUGGUAAGAAACAGUCUGCAUAAACAAAACAAGAAAGGUUCCAAGUGCAAUCUUUCAUACAUAACAUUAAUUUAC